GUCUAACGCGAGCGCACCAGGAGCGCACGUGCGAAUCGAACAGCUGAUUAUAGUUGUUAGCCGUAAUUUAUUUGAAGAAAUGUUUUUGUAAUGUUUUAAACGUAAAGUACUGUAAUACGUGUCAUAAUUAAAUGGGCUACUAUAGUGCUUAAUAAAUAAAUAGUUGUAUCGUAUACUUUAAAAAAUGGGCUUAAUCGAAUACGCCCAAGCGCUUUCGGAUAACCCAUAUUUCGGAGCAGGUUUUGGUCUCUUCGGAAUAGGAGCCGGAGCUGCACUAUUACGAAAGGUUUCGCAAGGUGCGAUGCUUUAUUUUAGACGACACUAUAUGAUAACAUUAGAAGUCCCAUGCAGAGACAAAAGUUAUCAGUGGCUUUUGCAAUGGAUUACUCACAAGGGUGCUAGAAAAACUCAACAUCUUUCUGUUGAAACAAGUUUUGAGCAACGUGACACGGGUCAUGUUAAAACCAAAUAUGAAUUUAUUCCUAGUAUUGGAACACAUUUUUUCAGAUACCAGGGUAAUUGGAUCCGGGUAGAACGAACAAGAGAGCAACAAACUCUGGAUCUUCACAUGGGAAUACCUUGGGAAACAGUUCAACUCACAGCAUUUGGAAAGGACAGAAGUAUAUACUUCAACAUCCUUGAAGAAGCAAGGCAGAUGGCGUUGAAAGAGCACGAAGGAAAAACAAUAAUGUACACAGCAAUGGGAAGCGAAUGGCGUCAAUUUGGGCAUGCUCGAAAAAAACGUCCUCUGGAUUCCGUUGUUCUGGACACCGGCGUCGCCGACAGAAUAAUAACCGAUUGUCGGGAGUUUAUCGAUAACCCUGGAUGGUAUAGCGACCGAGGAAUUCCAUACAGACGUGGAUACUUACUUCAUGGCCCACCUGGCUGUGGAAAAUCUUCGUUCAUCACUGCCUUAGCUGGAGAAUUAGAGCGUGGCAUUUGUGUUUUGAAUUUGUCUGAACGAGGUCUCACCGAUGAUCGAUUGAAUCAUUUAUUGGCUGUGGCACCACAGCAAACCAUCAUUUUGCUCGAGGAUAUCGACGCUGCUUUUGGCAACAGAGAAGAAACCGUGGAAGUUAAAUCAGCUUACGACGGAUUAAACAGGGUAACGUUCAGUGGUCUUUUGAAUUGUCUGGACGGUGUGGCAUCGACGGAGGCUCGAAUAUUGUUCAUGACGACAAAUUAUCUCGAGCGAUUGGAUCCAGCGCUGGUGAGGCCUGGCAGGGUGGACGUAAAAGAAUAUAUCGGAUGGUGCAGUAUUGAUCAAGUUGAGCAAAUGUUCCGGCGUUUUUAUUGCGAUCCGGGAGAAAAAUCGACAACGAUGGCUCGCGAAUUUGCCAACAGUGUUAUGAAGCACGGCAAGAAGGUCAGUCCGGCCCAGAUCCAAGGAUUCUUCAUGUUCCACAAAAAUCACCCGGAAAAAGUUCUGAAUAACGUACCACAAAUAUGGGAACUCACCUAAUUUUUGUAGUGAAAAACGCAACAGCGCUGAAAUUCACAUUUCUGGAAUGCAACAAAAAAUUCCUUGAUAAAUCUUAAUUUUCUUUUUAACAUCCAACUCUAACAGAAAUUUGAAGGUCCAAAAACACUCUUUUCCUGAAUGGAAUUUUGGAUAAAAUAAAAAAAAAAUUAGAUUAUUUUCCAGCACACAACUUCGAUACUGUAUAAAAAUCAUCGAAACUUUGUAAAUAUUUUUUCUGAAACCUAUAUCAAAAAAAAAUGUUCACCUAAUUUACAUGAAGUUGUACUUCAGUACAAUGUAGCAUCUGAAGAAUAAAAAAAAUACAAUAAUA